GCCGGGGAGCGCGCCGGGGCUCGGGCCGGGGCUCGUUCCGCGAAUGCGUGCGGUGCAUCCGCCGGUUCGGUGGGGCCAGGGGCGGCCUUCGGCGAAUCUCGUGUGUGGAGACGCCGGGGGGGCGAGAGAAAGUGCGGUGAAUGUGUGGAAGAGCGUCUGGAAGCGAAGCGCUGCUGAUGCCCACGGGAUGAGUCACAGCCGGCUGACAGACCUGUUGCAGCAGUAUGCAACUGCCUUCAGGGACCCCAUGAUGCUGCAGCCCCCAGAGUGGUUCAAGGCAUUCAUCUACUGUGAAGCUUUUCUCCAGCUGCCCUUCUUUCCCAUCGCUGCCUACGCCUUCCUGAAAGGUGGCUGCAGAUGGAUCAGGACUCCUUCCAUUAUCUACUCCACCCAUGUAGCCACCACUCUGUUUGCCAUCCUGGCUCACAUCCUGUUCCACGACUUCUCCAAGUCAGAGCACGCGGGCCCUCAGACGCUGCGCGAGCGCCUGGUGCUGCUCUCCAUCUACCUGCCCUACCUGCUGAUCCCUCUGCUGCUCCUGUUCACCAUGCUCUGCAACCCCCACUACAAACACGUGGAGAAGAGGAAAAGGAAGUAGCCGGCUCUGAAGGCGUACACACCACACCUGUGCUGCAUUUGGUUCCGACCCUACGCUGGCGGAGUCCUCUGGGACAAACGUCUCCCUCGUGUUGGCUGCAGUGGCUCUUCCCCGAGCCCUGGCUGCUGCAAGAAAAAAUGGAAUUGGCUGGAGUGCACAGCCCUGCUUUGACCACACACUGAUCUGGCAGGGGCCUGGGCCAGCCUGGGGUUGGGUCUGUGCAAGGCCCCUCUCCCAGGAAAAUGGACUUUUAACCCUUUGAUGUGUAACUCAGAGGGAACACACACACAUUCACUCACUCACUCACUCACUCACUCACUCACUCACUCACUCACUCACUCACUCACUCACUCACUCACUCACACUCUGCAGCUGAUACUGUUCUUCCAAGGUCCCUUUUUCCAAGAUGACUGCUUGGAAACCACUCAAAUAGGAAAUAUGUCUUCCAACCACAUAUUUUGAAGAAUUCCCUACCCAUUACACACAGAUUUGCAAAGCUGUUCUUCUGAAGCAUUUCAAAUCAUAUCAUGGUUGUUAACUUCCUUGCCCCUUCCUUUAAAAUUUCCACUGCCUUUGCUCUGCUUAAUUUUGAAUAAUUAUAAAUGUCUGAUUAAUGAUAAAUGUGCCAAAAUGUGGAUUUAUGAAUGCUUAAAGUUACCCUUGACAACCAGGAGUACUGCCUAGAGGAUUCUGAAGUACUUCAGAAAUUGUAACCAAGGAGUUGGAAAUUUCUUUCUUCCCUAAAAUCACUUCUGGUAUGGAAAUAAAUAACUAAACGCAUUAAACUGCA